CCUUAUGUAAUAAAUUUAAAUAAAAAAACAAUUGCAUAUACAACAAUAAGCAUUUAUAAGUAAUUUAUUAUUGUACAGGAACAUGUGUUUAUCGUGCUAGCAAAGAUAGUAGGCAUUGAUCAUGGUUAUGGAUGGUGUUAUGUUUCAUGCAAUCAAUGUAGCAAGAAAUUGGUGCCGGACAAUGGUUCAUUUGUUUGCAACACUUGCAAGAAAGAAUGUUGUUAUCCCAUCAUUAGGUACAUAAAAAUGAUAAUCCUUUAGCUUUCGGUAAUAUGUAUGUGAAAAAAUAAAUGUUAUGUUAUCAUCAUUUGUUUUUACUAGGUAUAAAAUACAUGUGUGUGUUACUGAUGAGAGUGGGAGCAUAACAUUUGUUAUCUUCAACCAAGAUGCUGAGAAAUUGAUUGAUAGUUGUGCAAACAAGUUUAUGAAUCGAUUAGGUGUUGGGAGCAAUCAAUUUCCAGAAGAGAUAACUAAUUUGAUAGGGAAGUCAUUUGUGCUCAAAAUAAAACUUACAGACUACAAUUUGAAAGAUGGGUAUGAAAACUAUACGGUGGUCAAAAUUUUUGAGAUCGACGAAAAACUAGAAGCUAACUUUUGUGGUUUCUCAAGCUUCACAGGUGUUGAAACAAAAGGCAAGAGAAAUGCUAGCACAAUGCUUGGUAUGCAGUAUGAUGAUUCCCCAAACAACAAUCAUGCUUCGACUGAAAUGAAGGGGUCUAUAUGUGAAGGAGUUGGUUUGGAAGAUCCUGUUACUCCUCAAAAGGAACCUCAACAGCCGAAGAAAUCAAAAAAUGUCAACUAAAAUUUCACCAACUCCCUUUUAUUGUCUGGUCCAUUCAUUGGCCGUAGUGAAGAAUAAAGUUUGAAGAAUAAAGUCAAGUUAUUUUUAAGUUUUUUUACAACUUUCACAAAUAGCAAUAUUGUUAAACCUUUUCCCGUCAUUUUUAUUGAAUGGUUAUGAUUUUCA